AUGGUCCAGCAAUCAAAGAUUCUGAGCUCCUCGCUCGGUGCACGACAGCUUUCAUCCGAAGCCACCAACAUCCGAGAAAAGCGAGGCGAUAGUUCAAAUGAUGUAGUUUUCGAGAGCAAGUAUGGCCUACGAACCGUCAUGCUCAACCGGCCAAAGAAGCUCAACUCACUCGAUGCCUCGAUGAUCCGAAAGAUUGUGCCCCGACUAAUCGAAUGGGAAAAGUCCGAUCUCGCCAAUGUUGUCGUUAUGAAGGGUGCUGGCGAAAAGGCCCUCUGCGCUGGAGGUGACGUUACUGCGCUCGCCCACCUCAACUCGGAGAGUGAGGACGGUUGGCAGAAAUCAGCACAAUACUUUGCCCUCGAAUAUAAGCUGGACCACUACAUUGCGACAUACAAGAAGCCCUAUAUCGCUUUCAUGGAUGGUAUCACUAUGGGAGGUGGUGUUGGUUUGAGUGCCCAUGCUCCUUUCAGAAUCGCGACCGAGAAGACCGUCUUUGCCAUGCCCGAGACUACAAUUGGAUUCUUCCCCGAUGUCGGCGCUUCAUUCUUCCUUCCUCGAAUGAACGGAUCUGUCGGGACUUUCCUUGCGCUUACCAGCGAGCGACUCACUGGCCCCAACGUCUUCUACUCGGGCAUUGCCACCCACUACCUGCAUUCAACCAGCUUGCCUGAUCUAGAGGCACGUCUAGCCGAACUGCGGUUCCGGGACAGCGACGGUUUGCCUGAACGACUGGCACUCAUCAACCAAACUCUUGAGGAAUUCUGUACCGGUCUUCCAUAUGACCAGCCCAUAACCUUGAGCGGCGAGAUUCGCAAGGCAAUCGACCGAUGCUUUAACAAGCACACCAUCAGUGAGAUCAUUGCUGCCUUGCAGGCUGAGCGGGGUCCAACUGAGGAGUGGGCGCAGAAGCAGCUCAAGACUCUACACAAGCGAUCACCUACAGCUGUGCAUGUGGCUCUUCGCCAGAUGCGUGUGGGUGGUGAGUGGGACAUCGCUCAAACAUUUAAGAGGGAGCACCAGAUUGCGACCAAGUUCAUGCAGCAUCCCGACUUCACCGAGGGUGUAUCAGCGCUGCUCAUCCGAAAGGAGGCGCCCAAGUGGCAGCCUGAGUCUCUCGAGGCCAUUGGGGGCACAAACGUGGCCAAGCCCUUCUUUGAGUACGACUCCAAUAAUGAACUAGCCCUGUUCACCGAUCGCACAUUCAAGGAAUAUCCUCACCGGGAACUUGGUGUGCCAUCCGAGAAAGAGAUCGAGCAGAUUCUGUCAAGGGGUACAUAUACCCAAGAGCAGCUGGCCAACAAAAUUGUGUCGUCGCGCAACGGUCGCCAAGGCAUCGCUGAGGUCGCCAGAGAGAUUAUCGCCCGCAAGACGGCAGUGGAUGACCAAGGCAAGGCAGUUUGGAUGGCGGAUGAGUCGCUCCCUGGAAGCCGACUUUAA